AUUAUUGAGUGUAUGUGAAGUUAAGUUACGUUUUGACUCUGCAUUCACUAAUUUGAAUGUUGAGUGAUAAACACCCACAAGUCGUCAUAUUCACUUCACAACAACAAGUCAUUUCGAAUCUCAGCUUUAUUUUGGCUUAAUCUGAGAGUAAGGGAUCAUCGUAUCUGAGAUGGUGGAUCAAAGUUGUAUUGUGUACACUUUAUAUUAUAGUGGACGGCGACAUCAGGGGCGCCUUGCGUACACUCUUGAUCACCAACCUUCAAAUUGAAUUGCAGGUGAUUGAUUACUCGAAUGUCAUUAAAGGCUUUGUAUGAGUCACACUUAUGUGUGAUGCACCUUUUAACAUUGCUUACAAACCAAUGAGAUGUUUAGCCUUGAAUCACACAUGUAUAUUAACUGUUUGUAUUGUCUUCCAGCAGAAAUGUCUAUAUCUGAUUUUAUAGCACUAUUCAUUUAGUUUCCUCUUGUCUCCUUUAAUUGUACUCUAAGAAUAUAUUAGCUACUGGUUAACACUUAAGUAGUGUGAGUGGGAAACAAUCAAAUGCUUACUCCAGAUUACGUGGUUGUCCUCUUUUCUGUAAACUAUUAUUUCUGAACAUAUUUCUUGAUGCGACUGUGCUUUACAGUUUGUUUCAGGUGUUCAACUGUUUCUGUUCAGCAACAUAAGUUUGAACUGUUCUUAGACGAAGACGUGAUCUCCUAGAAGGGCAGAAAAAUGUGCUUCUUGGUUUACAAAUAUGAAAAUGGUUUCGCAAGUGUGGCAAAAUAUUUCCUAAGUAACUUCGUCAAAUACUUGUAGCUAUGUGUAAGAUUUCUUCGAAACACAAUGCAAUCAUGCUAUACAGAGCUUAUUAAAUACACUAGCAUUGUUAGAUUUCACUUAAUUGUAAUCGGUUAUAUCAUCCAAUUGGCACUCCUUUUUAUAUUCCGUUUGUGGUAAAUUGUUGCAGACAUUCAUGUUACUCAUAAGGCUCAAUAUUAAUGACAGUUUUAUGAAAGGGCCUUCAUCAACAGAUUUCUUCGCUCAAUACCAUUCAAGUUCAGAUGCUCAGAAAAGAUCAGCAACAGGGAUCUCUAGCAAUGAGCAAACCAACUAGGAACGGAUUGUGCAACGAAUAUCCAUGAAGAAAUGGAGGUGGAUUGGCAAUCCUCUGAGGAAACCAUCAGGUGACAUCAGACGACAGGCUCUUGAGUGGAACCCGAACGGGAAGAGGCGAGUUGGUCGUCCAAGGGUGACAUGGAGGAGGUCAUAUGAAGAGGAGAUUAAAGCAUGUAGGCAAAUGUGGAGCCAGGUGAAAACGUUAACAGAAAACAGAACGCAGUGCAGAUGUGCGGCCGAAGCCCUAUGUUCCUCUAGGAACUAAAGGAAACAAACAAUUCAUGAGAGGGAAUUCCUACUUUUUCUAUUUUGAACUAAGCACUUCUUGAUUGAAUUCUACUAAGUGUUGUGUACUGAAAAUAUCUCUAUUUCUCACUCGAUAUGCAUCAGAGUGAGGUGUUUGCUGAUAGUGAGAGAGUGAAGUGUCUUCUACAGAAUACACUACGACAGACUGAGAAGAGAAAAGAUUAAUUAUGAGGAAACUGAAGAGAAGCAUAACUUAAAGAAAGUUAACACUAUUAAUCAGUAGAAAUCUUAAUACUUUAUCUGUAUAUUCAAUGAAGUUUGUGUAUUAAUGUAAUUUUUCUACUCUUCAUGUUCAUUUUGUCCAUGGGAGAUUUGUGUUCUACUGGUUCUUUUUUCCUUUUGGCUUCUUCCUAUUCAUUUAGUUAAUAUUUGAAUCUUCCUCUCCCCCCUAAUUUGAACAUUGUUGAAUGUUCUCUAGUUGAAAACCUCGCACUGCAUGUUGCCAAGACACAUAUCGUGAUUAGCGUCACUCACAAUAAGCUUAGGUUAUCCAUUUUUGCUUAAGAUAGGUCCAGGUAUAUAGUCCAGCCUUCGAAUGGAAAUAAGAAUAUGGAAGCAAACGUGUUAGCGCUAUUUUCACUACACCUUAGUAAUGAACUUAGCCUAUGUGCGUGAUACUGUCUGUGUUUAUUCUCUUAGGUUUCAUCAGUCAGCUGCUAGUGCGAAAAAUAUAUUUUAAUUAGAUAGAAAGAAAUAUUUAGUCAUCAUAACAUAUAUUUAGUUGGAAGUACAGCUUACAGUAAGUUUGAGACUUAUCCCAUAAAUCGUUACGUUCAUUGCCUGCAAUACAAGUGAGAUAUUUUCUUUCAUUCUCUUACUUAUUAUUAGAAUUUGCCGUCACUCAACUGUCUUUUUCGUUUAUUCAUUUCUAGCAAGAUGCCGACUGGAGAUAAACCACAAGAGAAGCAUAAAAAAGAGUCCAUUAUCGAUUUGAACAGGUAUAUAGACAAACGAAUUCGUGUCAAAUUUUCCGGUGGUCGAGAAGCUGUUGGUAUUUUAAAGGGGUGUGAUAACUUGCAAAAUAUGGUGAUCGAUUGUACAACUGAAUACCUCCGUGAUCCAGAUGAUCCUCAUCGGUUGACUGAAGAUACCAGAGAAUUGGGUCUUGUGGUUUGCAGAGGCCCAUCAGUUGAACUAGUCUGUCCCGCAGAUGGAAUGGAAGCUAUACCAAACCCAUUUGUUCAACAAGAAUAA